AUUUAGUUAUGUAAACACUACAUUUUGUGCAAACGCGCAGUCCAUCUUGCUGUUUAUCCUAUUUAUUCAUUACAAAAAGAAAUAUGCAGAAAGUAUCAAUGUUGAAUAUUAUUAGUUAUCACCAGAGCCCCAAUCACACGGUGAUAAGUUGGUGGAGAAUCCGGGUAAUCCCGGAUGAAAGCAAACAGACCACUGAACUACAACCUGAGGAAUAGGACUCCCAGCUUCCUAACCUCACCAGAGGAUACAGAGACAGGACAACACUCCCAGUCCAGUACCGCUGAGUCCCAGCAGCAACCAACGUUGGACAACGCUGCUGGCCACCAAGAAACUGGGGCAGACCAUCCUCUUGUGGAAACAGAGGAACAGAUUCACUUGAGUGAAACCAACCUACCAGCUGAGGACGUGCAGGUUCAUUUUAACGAGCCUGCAAUCACCGAAGAAGCAGACCCACAAACAGAAAACAGUGAAAACAUCCCAGCUGAGGAUACAGAGCAUCAACACAUUGAUUCUCGAGACGCAGAGAGAACCGAAGAUCAGCAGUUUUCUGAACAACUUUAUAUCAGUGAUAGCAUUCCAUUAGACUCAAUUAACCUAACAAACAUGGCUACUAUUGCCCAAUUAUCAAAAUUUAAUGGCACUGAAUCACCAUGUAUUUGGUUAUCCAAGCUCAGUGCGUGGCAGAAGUUCCAUAGGAUCACUGACAAUGCUGUUCUUGACUAUAUUCCUUGUCUUCUAGAAGGCAGCGCUGGAACCUGGUUUCAGACCAUCAACCCAGGACAGUUUCAAAACUUACAAGGGUUCAAGGAUCUUUUAAGUGAAAGAUUUAAACCAUCUGCGCACAAGACUGCCAUGCUUAGUAUAAAGCAAGAACCCAAUGAAACAUGUGAACAAUAUCUUGAGAGGGCAGAACGACUGGCCUUGGCUCAUCAUGAUCUCGACGAAGCCUACAAGGUCCAGUUUAUUGCAAAUGGACUUAACACAAACCUAAGAGGGCGUGUUCUGGCCAGGGAACCUCAGACUUUUCAAGCGCUGCGUAAAGACAUUUCCCUGGUCCAACUUGAACUAGGAUGUGACCAGCAUGUGUCCUUUAUGACUCCCAACACCUCGUUUGACAUGACUGAACUAAGUAGGUCGAUAAAUAGCCACAUAGAGCAAACAGUCUCCACUCAGAUCAACGCCUUAGCAGACCGUCUUCAAGAGGCUCAACACUUUGAUCGACGCAGAGAGGAAGAAAGACGAGAUCAAUACCGCGACAAUUCCAGAGGUCAACAUGAACGGUACCGAGACACUUACAGAGGUCAACAUAAACAGUACCGAGAUGAUUCCAGAGGUCGACAUGAACAGUACCGAGAUGAUUCCAGAGAUCGACACAAUCAGUACAGUGACACUUCCAGAGGUGGUUACAAAUCCCCUUACCGUGACCACUCCAGAGGACGUGAUGGCUCCCGACGCAGAAGUUUUGAACCCAGGGAAGAUUUCAGGGACUUCAGCAGUGAUCGGUCUAGAAACUCAAACUUUCGCCACAACAAUUCACCACGAAACCGGAAUCGACGAGACUCGACUCCAGGCCGACACCCAGAAAGGAGACGCAUGAAUGAGGGAGAGAGCUCCAUGUGCGCUGGUUGUGGUAAGUCAUGCCAAAUUAGAAGUUCAUGCCCUGCAUUUAACACUAGAUGUUACAACUGUAAAAAGUUUCACCACUUUAGCCGCAUGUGCACUAAACCUUUCACAAACACCAAACCUCACAACAAAAAUUCCUUCAAACAACAACAUAACCACUCUUUACGAAGAUAGGGAUUCGCGCCUAUCCUCAAAAAGGAUAGGCAGCAUCACUCUGACCAUCACACUAACCACAACCCUAACCACCAUUCCACUACUAAUGCUUCCUCUUCCCAGUCCAAACCCUCAACUAACAAACAGUUACCAACUAGUGCUAACAAAACUCAAAACCCUCCAUCAAAACGACAUUCAACAUCUCCAUCGUCAAGAAAUGUCAACCUCAUCAUCCCAGUCGAAAAGAAUACAGUCAAUGUGACUAUUUACAGAAGACAUUUCAGAGCUUUGGUAGACACCGGUGCAAGUAUUUCCUGUAUUAGUGCUCAACUCCUAACAAAACUUGGUAUUACCCGAGGCCAACUAAAUAUUUCCAACAUUAAAGAUGCAGUCGCUGUUGGAGGUGAACGACAUGCAAGCCUUGGUGCUAUAACUCUUCCUGUGUCAUUCAAUGGACCCAUCAUUAACCAUAAAUUCCAUGUGUUUCAAUCCUUUCACCAACCUCUAAUUCUUGGAUUGGACUUUCUUCAAGCAAAUGAUGGAAUUUUCAAUGCAGAAAACAACACUCUUUAUGUGCGUGACUCAGAAGAUACAGCAUUUGCCAUCGACACCAACACUGGACUUGCACGAGUUUCAAAAUUUACCAUAAUUCCAAAACAGUCUGUAACUUUACUUCCAGUGUUCCUAUCAAAUGUGCCCAAAGAUUCAUGUGUACUUCUCGAACCAAACCCAAAAUUACCACCACUGCGACUUGCAGGUGCUAAAUGUAUAGUUGACACUAAAGACAACAAAGCCUUUAUUCAAGUCAUCAACCCAACAACAAAACGAGUCAGAAUCAAUGCAACUACAGUGAUCGCAUCAGCAACAAUCGUCGAUCCAGCCACUGUGUUCACCAUGGAGACUUCUGAAGAUAACCAGACCAUCUCUCCUAAUACAAGUAAUGAACCACUGAACUUUGACCUCAACAAUGCUGACCUAUCAGAUGAACAAAAACAGUUACUUCUGACAUUUCUAAAUAAUCACCGUUCUGUGUUUGCAACUGAUUUAAAAGAACUUGGCCAAGCCAAUACACAACCACACAGGAUAGAAACCGGUGAUGCGUUACCAAUUCGGCAAAGGUUCUAUAGACAGUCACCUCAAACAAAUGCCGAAAUGAAUCGCCAACUCCAAGAAAUGCUAGACACUGACAUAAUUGAGGAAUCCGACUCCAUGUGGCAAAGCCCUGUUGUCAUGGUGAAGAAAAAGAACGGCCAACUUCGCUUCGCUGUGGACUACCGAAAACUCAAUGCAGUCACCAAGCAAUUUACUUUCCCUCUGCCUCGUCUAGAGGAUGUGUUUGACACUAUCGGUACCACACAGGCUAAAUUUUUCUCCACCUUGGAUCUUGCUUCAGGAUUCUGGCAAAUACCCAUGGAUGAAGAAACCAAACACAAAUCUGCCUUUGUAACCCCCACUGGUGUGUACCAAUGGAAGAGGAUGCCCUUUGGUCUCGUAAACGCACCUGCCAGCUUCCAAGCGCUGAUGACUCACGUUCUAAGAGGACUCAAUUGGAAGACAUGCCUGGUGUAUGUAGAUGACAUCCUUGUCUUCUCCAACUCCUUUAAGGACCAUCUUAAACACCUAGAUGAAAUCUUCAGACGACUCCAAUCAGCUGGCCUUACACUGAAACCAAGUAAAUGUUACUUCGCUCUUCCAGAGGUGAAAUACCUUGGACAUGUUUUGACAAAAGAUGGUAUUAAAGCAGAUGUGUCAAAAACUGAUGCUGUCCAAUCAUUUCCCACUCCAAAGAACCAAAAAGAGCUAAGAUCAUUUCUGGGACUUUGUAAUUAUUACAGAAGAUUUGUGAAAGGUUACAGUAAAAUUACAAGCCCACUCACAGUAUUGCUCUCCAAAGACGAGGAAUUCUUAUGGACAGACAAAUGCCAGACUGCCUUUGACCGACUAAAAACUGCCUUAACCACACCACCUGUAUUGGCCUACCCAGACCACACACGGCAGUUUACCCUGACUACAGAUGCAUCUGGAACAGCCAUAGGAUACAUUCUUGGGCAAAAAGACAUAAAUGGACGAGAAAGAGUCAUCGCGUAUGGUGGACGUUCUCUAAACAGACAUGAGAGAAAAUA